AGUUUUUUAAUGUGAAAACUGGAAUUAAAUAAAUAAAAGAAUUUCCAGAGUAAAAAAGUCUUUAAAUAUUCCUAGGAUUGAGUUGAGCUUAACAUUAAUAAACGGGUUGUAUUAAUUAAAUAUUACUACUUUGGGACUUUUUUGGUUUUAAUAUCACCAUACAAAAGCAUAUUAGUAAUAUUCUAUAUUCUAAGAAAAUGUCCAUAAUUAUGUCCUAUAACAAUGUAGCUGUUUGUAUUUUAUGAAAAUGUACACAAAAUGAUAGCUGCCUGACAGAAUAUUAAAAGGACUCUCUUUUUUUACUCGCAUAAAACCAUUAACCAAUCAAAUCGCCCUUUCAUUCUGUAUCCAAGUAGGAUGACUCAGACCAGCCAACUAGCGUCGAGCUUUGCUUUGUAGUCAGGCAGACAUAACGCAGUCGUCCAAUCACAAAAUAAGCCGAAAGGGGAUUUUUGCUCUAUAUUUGUCUCAGAGAUUCAGGUCCAGGAGGGUUCUGAAUGCAGUUUGUCAGUCCAGUGUGGUUGAGACAUGGCAGAAGAUCAGUUAAAGGCAGACGCCUCGGCUGGGGAGGGGGAGACGGAGCCCAGUAUGCUGCUGCAGAAGCUAAAGAGCAACAUUUCUAAAAAUGUGCAGGGUAAAGUGGACAAAAUUUUGGAAGAUGUACAGCGUUUCUCUGACAACGACAAGCUCUACCUUUAUCUACAGCUACCCUCAGGUCCUAGUGCAGGAGAGAAGAGUGGUGAUUCAAAUUCGGUCAACACAGCAGACCAGCUUCACACCUGCAACUGGAUCCGUAGCCACUUGGAAGAACAUCCUGACACCUGCCUGCCUAAGCAAGAUGUUUACGAGACAUACCGGAAGCACUGUGACAACUUACAGCAUCGGCCUCUAAGUGCAGCAAAUUUUGGCAAAAUCAUCCGAGACAUCUUCCCUAAUAUUAAAGCACGAAGACUUGGUGGUAGAGGACAGUCCAAAUACUGCUAUAGUGGGAUACGUCGAAAGACCGUGUUAAACAUGCCGUUACUGCCCAACCUGGACCUCAAAAAUGACCCGUCUGAACUGACAGAACUGGUGCAAACCUACAAGCAAGAGGUCACCGAAGCAGCCUGUGAACUCAUCUGCGACUGGGCCCAAAAGAUCCUGAAGCGUUCUUUUGACACGGUGGUAGAAAUCGCACGCUUCCUCGUGCAGGAGCACAUCGUCAACCCACGCUGCAGCCAAGCCGAGCUUGUCACCUCAGCUGCUCUUGCAGGUGGACCUUCCAAACCUCAUAAGGCAAUGAAAAAGAUUCCAGCAGCUUCCCGAGCAGGUGGAGCAGAGGAGGAUAGUGGCAGUGUGGAAAAUAAGCAAAAAGAGAAAGACGGUAUGGAGCAGCUCCCAUCCAAUAAGCAGCAGGUCAGUGAUAAACCGACCAACAAGGUGGAGUCAGCUCGAGUGGAGGCCUACAUGAAGAAGCUGCCUCAGCUCCUUCCCAGGGGCACCGUUCCAGAGAAAACCUCCCCACCGUGUCUGGCACCAGCCGAUUCGGGAAGUGUUCAAGUCACUUUGCCCAUUACCGUCACAACGAUACCCUCUCAACCAGGCGGCACCGUCCCUCUUAUGAUUCUGCCAUCAGGCAUGCUCUCUUACCCUGAGCGUGAGAAAACUUCAAGCACAGUCACCACUUCCGCUGCUCCCACCCCGGUCGUUCAGAGAGCGCGACCGGCGGCUCCAAAGAGGGGACCUGACCCCUCCACCUCAGUGUCAGCCACUGGUGUUGCUCCGAAACGCAAAAGAGGACGACCCAGGAAGCCAAGACCUGAAGACUUGGCGCCACAGGUACCGUCAUCCCCCAAUCCAAAUCCAGCUUUGGCCACAAGAGGGGUAAUCCAAAAGGCCAUGCCUUCCUGUGCUCCCACAACUCCUUCGCAAUUGGUUGAAAUUGUGUUCCCGGACCAGCAAAGCUUGAUGCUUAGCCAACUUUCCACCAUCCAGGAAGUGACAGACGCUGAGCAUAGAGGCGUAGUGAUGCAGUGUCAACCUGCACCAGAACCUGAGAAGCAGCAGUCCGUCCUGCUAAUGCAAGGGCCCAACCAACCUGGUUACGAGCUGACUAGCAGGAGGAUGGUCAUCCAACGGGCGCCGUUAUCCAGAGAAGGAAGGCCUGUUCCUAUAGAAGUGCCACAGUCCGCCAUCUCGUACCUCCCGCCUGCAACGUUAUUAGAGGACAGAGGAGAAGUGGAAAUUACUCUGACUCCUGUGGAGCCACAGGCCGAUUCCAUGCCAAACUCAGCAGGUAUCCCCAGCUGCUUCGGCUCCUUGUCUGGAGAACUCCCCAAACCUGACGCCCCGUAACAGCAGCACAGCAACCGUCUCCUUUCUCAGAGACUCCGUGAUCUCAAUGCCUUUCCAGUGCUUCUGUGAAUUGCAUAUUAGCUUGUAGUCAAACUGAGGUUUACCAUCUUGGCUGAGCUUGAGUGGGUAUGUCUGCUUUCUGUGUAUAAAAAAAAAAAAAAAAAAAAAAAAUGCAUAGAAGUACAACCUGUCAUUGUUGCCUUUAAACAGCAACUACACUCAUAUUUUCAUAUGAAUAACAUGAAACAUAAGUAAAUUCCUGAAGAUUUCAGGAAUGCUUUUGAAGAGAUUAUGAAUUUAAGUGACCUAAAACAAAUGACUGAAAGGAAGAGUGAAUUUUAGUGUAUUGGAAAAUGAACAGAUAUACUCGCAAAUAACAGUCCAAUCUGGUCCAGCUCAGUUAUAAACAUCUAAAAAAAGACAAUUCAUAGUUACCGAAGAACUGCUUACCAUCUGUCGGCAUUUGUCACCAUGCUCAGUGCCAUAAAAGGGCAGUCGACCUUUUAUUGCUCUAACCAUCUUUGCAUGUUUGUGUUUGUAAACAAGAAUCGAGACAUUUUAGUGUGUUUGUAGCUGUUCAGAUGACAAAGAGUGAUAUUACGGGUUUGCAACUUCAGGGUUCUAAAAAAGUCCCUCUCUCGCCCAACGAUUGGGUUAAUAGUUAUGCGUUCAGUGUUUUAACUAUUAUUAACGUCACAAAUAGAUACAAAUAUACAAAGCUACAUCAAGUUGCUGUUGCAAAGGUCAAGACGACACUACUGGUUCAGAUGGUGCACAGUGUAGGUGGAUAGAAAAACAAUAACCUCUUAAGUCCCUUUAAAUAUGCAAAUGAGGCUGUGAUUUCGGGAUCGUUCUCAAAACAACCCCUCGUUCAGGUCUGUCCAGUUGUUUUCUUACAGCAACAUAAAUAGCACUUAACAGAUGUAAAUAGUUUAUUCGUGAGCCCAGAAGAAUAUCUUCAAUAGGUAAAGCAUACCAGAACUAAUUUAAAACAUUUUAUUUUCCAAAUGUAUAGCCAUCGUCACUAUAUUGCUACUAUGAAAUAUUAUUCUUAUUAUUAGUUACUAGUAAAGUGUGCACUGUCACCCUAAAGGCAUGUACAAAAAAGUUAGAUGUUAAAUUUCUAAAAUUUGAUUAUAUUAUUUAAAUUUAGACUGAAGUAUCUACUAAUUAUUUAUUUAUACAAAUUUUACAAAGUUUGCACCACAACAGCUUCUCUUUGUGUUGAUUAUCUCUUAAAAGAGAAUUUUGCUCUAUUUUUAUAGCCUUGAAAUACACAAUUUUUAUUAGUGGUUUGUGUUUCAGAUAUUACACUUGAUCUUAGCCAAAAGUCCAUAAAUGUGAGAAAAAUUGUCAUUUAAUUUAUAAUUUCAAAGUUAUUUAAAAAUAAUAAUAAUAAUAAUAAUGGAAUGGGACAAUAGAUUUGUUUAUUAUUUGAUGUGCUUUAUUAAAUUUAAAAGUAUUGAAAGGCUAUGAAUUUUGGGGGAAAUUUUCCUUUAAAGUUAACUUAAGAUGAUAUAAUCUCAGCAGAGGCUGCUGAUGGUUAAAGAGGUUAAAUAGGCACUUCAUUUAAAGGGUUAGUUCACCCAAAAAUGAAAAUUCAGUCAUUAAUUACUCACCCUCUUGUCGUUCCACACCUGUAAGACCUUCGUUCAUCUUUAGAACACAAAUUAAGAUAUUUUUGAUAAAAUCCAAUGGCUCAGUGAGGCCUCUAUUGACAACAAGUUAGUUUAGACUUUCAAACACCCAGAAAGCUACUAAAAACAUAUUUAAAACAGUUAAUGUGACUACAGUGGUUAUGAAGCGAUGAGAAUAGUUUUUGUGCGCCAAAAAAACAAAAUAACUUUAUUCAACAAUAUCUAGUGAUGGGUGAUUUCAAAACACUGCUUCAUGAAGCUUUGAAGCUUUACAAAUCUUUUGUUUCGAAUCAGUGGUUCGGAGCGUAUCAAACUGCCAAAGUCAUGUGAACCAUUGAAAUUUCGAAACACUUAUGACGUAACAAAGCCUCGUUUACUGAAAUCACGUGACUUUGGCAGUUUGACACGCCCCGAACCACUGAUUCGAAACAAAAGAUUUGUAAAGCUUCGAAGCUUCAUGAAGCAGUGAAAUCGCCCUUAACUAGAUAUUGUUGAAUAAAGUUAUUUUGUUGUUUUGGCACACAAAAAGUAUUCUCGUCGCUUCAUAACAGUAAGGUUGAACCACUGUAGUCACAUGAACUGUUUUAAAUAUAUCUUUAGUACCUUAACUUGCUGUCAAUGGAGGCCUCACUGAGCCAUCGGAUUUUAUCAAAAAUAUCUUAAUUUGUGUUCCGAAGAUGAACGAAGAUCUUAAGGGUGUGGGACGACAUGAGGGUGAGUAAUUACUGACAGAAUUUUUAUUUUUGGGUGAACUAACCCUUUAAAAACAAUGCCACUCCAUUUAUUUAUGAAGAGAUUUGGAGUCAGAUGUUGUUAUUUAUUCAAAUAUUGUAGUAAUAUAUGUGAGAUGGGAAAUGAGUAGGAGUGUUAAAUUUAUGAUGGAGUAAUGGUGCUUUAAAAAAGCUAAACGGGUUUUACUAACGCAAAUGAUUGUGAUUCACAUCGCAGUGAUUUCACCAAUCAGCAGUUUGACUGCACUUAACGUCCGCUGCUCACUGGUGCUGAUUCUGGGUAGAGUUACCACGGUACAAUGUUUGCAGAAUGGCAACCGGCUGUCAGACAGCCUGCUAGCGGUGCGUUAGCAUAAAUUACAUUUAGGCUCGUGAAAUGAAUGUGCUAUAUAUGUCAUGUUUAAUUCUGAAUAAAAGCGGCUGCUCAGUUUACUCAAGGUUUAAAUUUUGACUCUAACCAAAAUAAUUGAAUUCUUUAUUAUAAUUGCGGGAGCUUUUUAUUUUGUACAAUGUGAUGUUGUAGGGCCUGUUGCUUUUUGAUCAUUUGUGUUUUGUAUUAUGAUUUAGUUUCCCUUCUAAAGGCAGUGCACAGUUCUAAUAUUCUGCCUCAUUUGCAGUCUUGAGAUUUGAAUACUAAUGUUAUAUCUCAAUAUCCUGACAACAGCAAUUCUGUAUCCUGUGAAAUAAAAUACCAGACUUACAUUUUUUUUUUAAAGAAUACAUUGACAAAAACAUGUAAUUUAAUUUAAUAAACCUCAAACCGUUAAUGAAGUCGAUUACUUAGUUGUUAAAAACAAAGUUCACAUAAAUGACUGAACAGUGGGACAUUAGAUUAAUAUGGAUCUGAUAUAUUACAUGAUAGAGGAAUGAGUGUAAAUAAUCAGAUUUGACAGAUCUGAACCUGAAAAGUGAAUGAAAGCAGUUUAAAAGGGUUGUUUUAUGGAAGCUUGUUUACGCCGGGGAAUAAAAAUAAAAGCAGUAAUUGCCACUUUUUAUCUCAAGACUUUUUUCUCGCAAUUGUAAGUUAAUUGUUUUCUCAAAAUUGUGAUAUAAACUUGCAACUGUGUUAUGAAGUCCAAAUUGUGAGAUAUAAACUCUCAAAUCUGAAUUUAACUCACAAUUAUGAGCUAAUAUCUCGCAAUUCUGACUUUUCUUCAAUUCUGAUUUUAUUUCUCAGAAUUUACAAUUGCGAGUUGAUAUUUCUCAAUUAUGAAGUCAAAAUUGUGAGAUAUAAACUCUCAAUCCUGAAAAAAAAGUCAGAAUUGUGAUAGAAAGUCACAAUUGCGAGUUAAAGUCUUGCGAGAUAUAAACUCGCAACUCUGACUUUUUUCUCAGAAUUGUGAAUUAAUAUCUCUCGAUUCUUAUUUUUUUUCCCCCAAAAUUGAGAUAUAAACUUGCAAUUGUGUUAUGAAGUCUGAAUUGCAAGAUAUAAACUUGCAAUUCUGACUUUUUAGCCCAUAAUUGUGAGUUAAUUUCUUGCCAUUUAGAUUUUUUUUCGCAUUUGAGUUAAUAUCUCGCAAUUCUGACUUCUUCUUUUUUUCCCCCAAUUCUGAUUUUAUUUCUCAGAAUUGAGAAAUAUAAACUCGCAAUUGGCAGUUAUGAAGUCAGAAUUGCAAGAUAAAAACUUAAAAUUGUGAGUUAUGAAUUCCGACUUGUGAGAUAAAACUCGCAAUUCUGAAAAAAAAAGUUACGAAUUCUGAGAAACAAACUUGCAAUUGCAAGAAAAAGUCUGAAUUGUGAGAUAAAAGGUAGCAAUUACCUUUUAUAUUUUUUUAUUCUGUGGCAGAAACAAGCUUUCAUAUUAUUCUGUGGGAAUAAAUAAAGCAUUUGGGUAUAUAAUCACUUACAUCCAUUUAUGGUUAGAUUAUUCAUAUCCUCAUAGUCCACAGACGAAUAAUGUAAUUUUUUGUUGCAAGUACAAUGUCACACCACAGAAAUGUAAAAUGUUCAGUACAACAUAGUGCCUCAUACAAACCACUGUGCUCUGUAAAUAUCCAUUUUCUUUGCAUUAUUUAUGAGGUUGUGAUUACGCUCUGAAGCAUCGAGUGGAUUAUGUUUUUACUGUUUGGUAAAGGCUCACAAAACUGUUGCCCUCAAAAAGAAGGAAAACCAAAAUGACACGCCGAUCACAUGAGUGGUCAAGGUGACGAUCGUGUGUUGUAAUUUCCCAUCAGUGUUGGUAAUUCUUAUGUUUCAUUGUGACAAACUCAAAAGAAACCAGUCGCGAGCGUGUCUAGCACAUGAACUUCUCACCGAGUCAUGUAGAAUUGUUCAUUAGUUUUUCUAUCAACCCCGUGGAAUCUGCGUAAGUGUUCAUUUGUUGUGCGUGUCAGUACUAUGCCAUGAGUUGACCCUGCCAUUUUUACCAUAGACAUUUAACAUGUCUAAUGUUAAAAUCUGAUUACCAUCUUUUUUUAGUCAGUCCAUGCAUGGUUUGUGUAUUGAAUAUGUUUUUAAAAAGUUACAAAAGGAUCUGAUAUUUGUUCAGAGUUGAGCAGUUUCUUUUUAAAACAUUUGAACCCUGGUGUUUGUCUUGCACUUUAAUUUUCUCAAUGGAAAGCACACAGGGGGAGAAAAAAGAUGAAAUGCAGCACCUUGUAUGUUGUUUGUUUUUGUACUUCUGAAGUCUUCUUUUCGAAAAGUUAUUUUUUGUAUUUCAUGUUUUUUCAUGUUAAAAUGUACAAUUGGACAUCUUCCAUAUAAAACAAUGAAAUGAUCUCUGACUGUGAGCACAUUUUCAUAAAUCAGCACUAAUAAACAAUAUGUAUGAUGUGUUUCUUUA